GCUUGACAUGCGGCCAACUGCCCUACCACCUACACCUCCCGACCCCCAGCCAGUCCACCAGCAGAGGGCAGAGCAUUGGGACCGUCACCGGAACCAUCGUCAAAAUCACAGUCACCAUCUUCCUGCCCCUUCCGCUGUGCCUGCCACCCCCGGUUGCUCUCCAAAAAGCACGCAGGGCCUGCUCCUCUGCAAGGCGAGCUGGUGUCUUGGUCCGUCCGUCGCCCGCCUCGAUUGGGCAGUUCAGGCCACUCGUCCGCCCCGUGUACAUCGCUGCUACCUGGCCUGGCACUUACCCGCCCAGCUCCACUGCUAGGCACUAGGUACCGUCCCACCUCCACACCUACUGGUCCCUCCCCCCCCGACUUUACCUCUAAUUUCUCAAGUUCCUCCUUUUGUUUGACAAUCGCUCUCCUUGUGCUGUCGUCUGGAGCUGCGUCGGCCAGCAGCCUGUCACCAAGCAUCUCGUUGCAGUGUUACGCAGAAUCCUUUCUCACCCCUCUGCCGAGCCGCUCUUCCACUCUUUUAAUUUCCUUCUCGUUCCUGGUGCUUUUGUCCUCGUCCUCACUUGUUUCCUUGUCCUGUUCCCGUCGCCACCCUCGCCCUCUUUUGCUGCUCGUCUCUCGUGUUUCUAUCCCGCCUGGGCCUUGUCCCCGCCCUCGUUUCUGCUUGCUCUCACCGGGUCUUGGCACCUCGAGCUUGGUCGCUCGAUCUUGUGUCCCGCACCGCCACGCGUCCCGGGUCACCGCACCAGGCGACAUCGCAAGCACCGCGCCGCGCCGCGCCGCACCGACCGACCGACCGACCGACCGAUAGACCGGCCCUAGACCCAUCCAACACCGUUCUCGACACGGCGGGCCAAGAGGCUCGCCUCGGCCAUUGAGCAAGACGCGCAUACGCAUCAAAACCACGGCGGAUCCCACGGGCACUCUCGCCGCCGACCUCCUCACUGGGGAGAAGGAGAUAAUGAUGGACCAGCGAACAGUGUCCCAAAAGCUUCCGGCCGGCCUGGCUGGUGUUCUCAACCGGCCAGAGGACAAUCGAGACUCGGCAUACUUUUCUGGCACCGACGCCUCUAGCAAACACACCUCAGCCGCAUCAUGCGUCGGGGUGACCAUAUUCGGGCCCCGCGAUGCAGGCAGUGGGCAUCCGUCCUCGCAUGGCGACAACACGCCGUCGCCAGUUAACACGUCGAACCUGAUGCCGCAACCCCUCGUCUCGCCGGUCACGAGCAACAUGAGCGUCGCCUCCAUGGUUUCGCCCACAAGCCCCGCGGGCCCUGACCCUAGACAGCGCGACCACCGCCAGUCGUUCGAGUCGACCCAAAAUGGCCACGGCUUUGGAGGGGCGGAGCAUGGGGACCCCUCGUCACGGCGCGAGAGCGUCGACAGUCGCAUCAACCAGGGCUUUGGUGAGAUGAGGCUGGGUAACUCCCCAUAUGCUAGUGUCAACCAGUCGACAGCAUCGAUACAAAGCACACUGCAGCAGCAACGGAACCCGCGCCCCGCACAACUCGACAACCUGUCUAUCCACCGCAUCUCCAACGGCUACCAACCAAGCCAGGAGAGGAACCCAGACCCGCACCCCAAGAUUGUUAGGACAGCCCCCGCCAUCACCGGCCCCGCGACGAGCACGAUUGCACGCGCGGCCGAGCCCACCAAGGGUCAGGCGUGGGCUUUCCCGGAGGAGGAAAUCCAGCGGCUGCCGUCGGCGGCAAGCCACAGCCUCAUCGACUCUAGGAGGAGCAGCGUUGCCGAGUCUCUGGCUAGCAGCCAGUUCACGAGCGAGUCGAGGCUGCCGCCGGGACAGCGACACUUGGACGACGGGUUGGGCCCAACGGACCGCUACUCGAGCGCCUCGGCCGACUUCCCCGCCGUCCACCACCAUUCUCUCCAACACAAGCAAAUUGGCGAUCUUCAGAACGAGGCUGCGGGUAUGCCAGCAGGAUCUCAGCCGUACAGCAGGACGCCGGAGCUGCGGAGGAGCCACAAGCUGGCAGAACGCAAACGAAGGACCGAGAUGAAGGAGCUGUUUGAGGAGCUGCGCGAUCUGAUGCCACAGGAGCGCGGAUCAAAAGCCUCAAAGUGGGAGAUUCUGACAAAAGCUAUUGCCGAACACAAGAGGCAAUCUGACACCAUCAGGCUGCUGCACACAUCCAACAGCAACCUGCACCAGGAAGUCGAUGUGAUGCGCCGCGAGAUGCUUGUUCUGCGGUCGGAGAACACGCAGAUGCGAAACGACCUGACGUUGAGCAAUUCCGGCCACGGGCAUGCCAAUUCGCAAGCGGCCCCAGACCCGUACGGGCGAGGGCCGCCUCCGCGACCUGAGUUGCCCCCGCUGAGGGCCCUCAGCGGCGGUCUGCCCAGCGCACCGGAAUCCAUGACCGGUGUUCAGUACGAACAGACCAGGGUCAAUGGGUACAGACACUGAUGCGAUGUGUUCAGUAUCCAUACCCUGCACGCAUUUAUUCCCAGAGGCAAUCCUUAUGAGAGAACACAGCAACCACCACCCCUGACACCAGUCGCUUCAUGGCAAGGCAAUAUGGCUUGCCGCUCUUGAUUAUUGCUAUUCUUUACCGAACCCUAGGUCGCGCCCUGGUGCAGUCUUGUGCAGGCAUACUCGCUUACCUGUUCGCACGACCCCUCGAGCCUUCGCAUCUAUGUACUCUUUAUCCAUCUUCAGCGAUCGCCUGUUGAUGCCGCCGGCAUCGCUAUACUCGUGUCACGCGUCUGCGCAGCCACCAAAUCGUGUGUACACAUGCAGUCUCAUAUUCCCAACACCCUCGUUGACGGCCAACCUGGGCACACCCAUCUAGAUGGAACUUAUCUUUUCUUUUGUUUUGAGAUAGUGGCAGCGUAUUCUUUUCUUCUUGCCUCCUUGUCCAGUACAUCUUACUAUUCGGUCUUCUCUUGCGACAUGGAAGUCCAAAUGCGUCAGAAAGAGAAGGGGAAAAAAAGGGAAGGACAGGAGGAAGACUCGGGCUGACGAUCCGAGUCUUUUAUAAAACCCUGAUUCUCGGACAUCAGGUAUAUGGGUUUUAAGUCCAGGACUUGGUUGGGCUCCUGUCGAUCUUUGGUUUUUUUUUGUUGGCUUAUCUUGCGGGCCUCGUGUAUUUGUGGAGUGUAUAUACCCAACGCUAGUACUCUGCGACGGCAGAAGGGUCAUGCCGCUGCGGCCGAUCGAGGGUGUAACAAUGGAAUGGAUAAAUAUCAUGUUGCGGGUGGCAGAUCUAUCAACUCCUAUGAAAAAAUGUUGUCCCGGCGCGCUUGGACGUGGGUGAUCGCGAGCCGGUAGGUUUUCUAUACCUACCGGGGUUCCACCUUCUUGACCCCCUCCUGAGAAGGGGGCAC